AUGAGCAGCUAUCCUCGCAGGAGUGCCCGAAUUUCACAUCUUCAACAAGAACAACCUCACCAGAGACCUGAUUCUCAACCGCACUCAUAUCCGAGCAGCUUCUCCCAAUCCUCGAGUGUCUCCACGAGUUCUCAUCCCAGUCCCGUCGCUGACGCCCUCAAUCCUCCUCCUCCGCCAUCGACUCCCCAGCCAGGGCACCCUCAUCUGCACCCACCACUGCACCUCAUGGCUCACCAGCACCAGCAACAGCAACAACAGCAACAAGCACACAUACAUGCUCCCCUGCCCUCGCCUUCAGCGGGAGACAUUGAUCCUUUUUUCGGCCGUCCUCAUUCUCAGCCGAAUACAUAUAUCUCGCCACAGAUGAAUUUCAACUUUGUCAAUCAGCAACCUCUGCAACAACAGUCCUUUGGUGGUGAGCAGCAGCCUCAAAUGAACCAACAACAUCAUCUCCAUCCCCAUACGAAUUCCAUGUCGCAGGAGCGUCCUGCCAUCGUGAAUCCUCUGAAUCCGGGUCAAUUGCCACCCAAUUUCCUUGCCGAGGCUGCAAAACGUGCCCAGAUGGCCUGCCUAAUGCGAGAUUUGGGCGACGUUUCUUUAUGA